CAGACCUCCCUGCUUCAGUGCACAUGAGACAACCAUGAGACUGGUGCUACCUAACCCGGGGCUGGAUCUCCGGAUCUCCAGCCAUGAGGAUCUGGACAGGAUCGAAAAAGAGGAGGCAGAAGGGAGCGACCGGCCCAAAUGGGACAACAAAGCCCAGUACAUCCUCACCUGUGUGGGCUUCUGCAUCGGACUUGGGAACGUGUGGAGGUUCCCUUACUUGUGUCAAAGUCAUGGAGGAGGUGCCUUCUUGAUCCCCUUCCUCAUUCUGCUGGUGCUGGAGGGAAUGCCGCUCCUGCUGCUGGAGUUCGCCAUUGGCCAGCGUCUGAGGAAAGGCAGUGUGGGAGUGUGGAGGUCCAUCAACCCUUAUCUGAAUGGUAUUGGUAUAGCCUCCAUGCUGGUGUCCUUCUUGGUUGGACUGUACUACAACACCUUAAUAGCCUGGAUCCUAUGGUAUCUCUUCAAUUCCUUUCAAAGCCCACUGCCUUGGACCCAGUGUCCUCUCAACGACAACAGGACAGGAUUUGUACCCGAGUGUCAAGAGAGCUCCACUGUGGAUUACUUCUUUUAUCGAGUGACCCUGAAUACUUCGCCCUCUAUCACUGAAUCAGGAGGAAUCCACUGGCCCAUAGUCCUGUGCCUGUUAGCUGCCUGGUCAAUAGUCGCUAUCUGCUGCAUAAGGGGGAUAAGCACUUCUGGCAAGGCAGUGUACGUCACUGCCAUCCUGCCGUACAUAGUGCUCACCAUCUUCCUGAUCCGAGGACUGACUCUUAAAGGAGCCCUGAGCGGAAUCACGUUCCUCUUCACACCAGACCUAGAGGAGUUGAUGAAACCAUUGACCUGGUUGGAUGCAGGUGCCCAGGUCUUUUACGCCUUUGGUUUGGCAUGGGGGGGCCUCAUCUCCUUCUCAAGCUACAACCCUGUUCACAACAACUGCAUGCAGGAUGCUGUGAUCCUGUCUGUGGUAACUGGCUUCACCUCAGUCUACGCUGCCAUGGUCACCUACUCCAUCAUCGGCUUCAGGGCCACUGAGAAAUAUGACAACUGUAUCAGUGAAAACAUCAUGACAUUAUUAAACCAAUUCAAUCUUCCUGAGGACAACAUCACUACAAGCAACUACGAGGUGGCGUUCAAUCAGCUCAACAGCUCCUAUCCUGAUGUUGUUCUUGGACUGGACAUCAAAACGUGUGACAUGCAGACACUUCUCAGUGAGGGAGUGGAGGGAACAGGUCUGGCCUUUAUUGUGUUCACAGAGGCCAUCACCAAGAUGCCUGGUUCCCCAAUCUGGUCUGUCCUCCUCUUCGUCAUGCUGCUCUGCCUGGGCCUCUCGACCCUGUUUGGCAACAUUGAAGGAGUGGUGGUCCCCUUAAAGGACCUGCAUGUGUUCCCUAAACAUUGGCCCCAUGAAGCACUGACAGGCACAACGUGUUUUGUCGCUUUCCUCAUCACCCUCCUGUUUGCGCAGCCUUCAGGACUUUACUGGGUCAAUCUCUUCGACAAUUUUGCCGGAUCAGUUCCACUUCUCACCACUGGACUGUUUGAGAUGAUAGCUGUUGUUUACAUCUAUGGCAUAGACAGGUUCAAUGAAGAUAUUAAGUUCAUGACCGGACGUAAGCCCGGCAUCUUCUGGCAGGUGUCAUGGAGGUUCAUUAGUCCUCUAAUCGUCAUGGUGAUCUUAGUUUUCUACCUGGUGACCCAAGUUCAAGAGGAACUCACCUAUUUGGUGUGGGACCCAAACGCGGUGGAGUUUCCAUCUCUGGUGUCAACACCUUACCCUUCAUGGAUCAAUGCAGUCGUCUUUCUAUUGGCAGGCGUACCUAGCGUGGCAGUGCCUGUGUAUGCAGUGUGUAGACUGGUUCUUAACUGCUGCAAGAAAAGAAGCAAAAAUUAGCCCGUAACUGACCUCAAAUGACUUAGUCAGACACUUCAGAAUGCAAGAUGCAAGAUUAUUUAAUUUGUCUUGUUUAAAUAUAUGAACGGUGUUUUGUCUAUUUGCAUCUAUACAUGCUUUUCUUUGAUAUUUACGUAUGUCGAUGUUUUAUGGACACACAACAGUAGAGUUGAAAUAUUUCUGCUGAUCUUUUGUGCAGCUUUAUGGUUCUGUAUGACUGUGCGUUCUCUCCUCACAUAUGAUUUCUUGUUGUUUGGACUUUUCUUCCCUUAAAUUCUAAAACAUGCUUUUUGCUAAUAGUGUUUAAAGCAGGGCAUAUUAUACUGUGUAUAACUUGCUGUUGAAAUCAUUUUUAUUUCACUAUAAAAUAAUUUUGACUUUACAGUAUAAAUUAUAUAACUGUAUAUAAAAAGAGGGAAAUAUCCUCCACCGUUUAAACAUGUCUACAUAAGAAAGAAAAGGAGUACGGCAAAUAAAAAGUUUGGUACUGAAAAUAGGAGAUGUGUUAAGUGUGUGCAAACGAACCCUGGAAAUAGAACUAAUGAAGUGCUCACUCAAACCUCUAUUUAGAUAGUCACUAGUCUAUCUAGUGUGUCACUAGUCGAAUAACAGAAGGAGAGCAGGUGACCUGAGGUAAUGCAUCAGUUGAUAUAUAAACUGCAUUUGCUGUUUGGACAUCACUCUGGUGUUGUUUUUCUAGUGUGGACCUAACCACAAAGUGUAAAUGUUUAAACCACAGACUGUAAGUUAUGAUGCAUGACGUGUCUCCACUCGGUCUCAUCCCACUAUCCACAAAAGAAGACAAUAUAUCCCGGACACGAACUUCGCCAACUGCACAUUUGGAGACAUAGUCUGCACAGUACAUGGCCAAUCGAGAGUCAGUCUCUGCCAUUAUUUGUUACAUUUCACUACUUUCUGGAAAAAUGGAAAAAACAGUUAAGUGUUGUUUGCUGCAGGUCCCAAUAUUCAUGAACAUGGAAAUUACUGCAGUCAGCCAACAGGUGGCGCGGUUAGGCUUCAAUUUUAAGGCGCAAUCAUGUCGUCCAUCUUUAAAUACAGUGCCUGUUUUUAUUAUGCAGGAGAUGUUUUGUAGCAAGGUGGACAGGAGAGGGGGCAGUAGGGUAAAGUCACCCAGAUGAAGAAAAGCACAACAUAUUUUGCAGAGGACUCUGCAUCUGAUAAAGGUAGAGGAGACUAAUGAAAUAUGACUGUUUAACUGUGGUAAUAUUAACAGAACACUACCUGUGCAGUUAUAAAUAUCUUAAAAGAUACCACUC